AUGAAUCGUGAAUAUGUCUUUCGAAGGCUGAAAUACAAAACAAGAGUUCGAGGGAGCAAGGGGAACACUUUUGUGCUAGACGCUAGUGAGAGAGAAUACACCAUCACUGGGCUCGACGUCAACACUCAAUACCUUGUUCGGAUGGCCGUCGUCAAUCACAACGGAACGGGGCCAUAUUCGGAUUGGUUACCUGUCGCGACUUCUCUCAUGGACAAAGAGGAACUGAUUUUGGGUCCUCCUCGAGAGCUUCGUCCACAAGCUGGAGUGGACUACAUUGUUAUCUCAUGGUUACCUCCCGCUGACGAAAGUAAUAUAGUUCGAGGAUAUCAGAUUGGUUGGGGAAUCAAUGUUCCUGACAUAUCCAUGGAGCGUGUUGGUGCCAACGUUCUGCAACAUAAAAUCACUGGCCUUCGUCCAGCUAAAGAAUAUGUGAUCUCAUUGCGCGCCUUUAACAAGCAGGGCUCUGGUUUUCCGAUCUACGAAACUGUGAAGGAGGUGGAUGAAACUAAAGUACCUUGCCAUGUCAAUGCUUGCCAUUCAUUUUCAGAACUCUAUCUCACUCGUCGAUGCCGUUCUUCGAUGGUUCGAUGUCGCCAUGCCUGUGACACACCGCUCGUGUUCAUGCAGAGGCCGUUUCUGCAACGAGCUAUUCGAGUUCGUGGACGGAAGCUGAUCCAAAUGCUUUCAAUGCCAUGUACACGGUGCGCUAUAGACAAGCUUCUUUUGGUGCGUAGAGUUUGUUGCAGAAAUUCAAAAAAUACUGGUUACACGGCAGGAAAAAAGGCGAGCGUUCAACAGCAGGGUGCAGAUCUCUGGAUAGAUCAUCCUGGUGGUAAUAACAUGCGAGGAGGACCCUCAGACUAUAUGGUGAAUGGGAUUGGAUCAUCAGUGGUAGAUAUGAAGCAUUUGGCUGGUCCUGACGUGGUAGAGUCGCCACCUCCAAGUUGUAGUGUUUUUCUUCGAACAGAUUCCACGUAUGGAUCAGUGUCAGUUCGUCACAGUCGAACACCUGCACGAACUUCCAUCUCCUCAUACGACGAAGAGAUGCGGCGUUUGGAACUUGAAGGUCGUCGUCCCAUUAUAGUAGGUCGUGCCAAACCGAUUCUUGCAUCAGUCGUCGGAUAUGGGCCGCCUUCGGAAGAGAGCCAAGGGACUCUAUCACGAAGUUAUCAUCAUUCGCAAUCGAGUCUCGAGGGUCAACGACAAAGAACACCUCAGGUGGUGUAUACAGGCUCAGGACGGCAUCAGCCCAUUGCAAAAAUAGAAUUUGGUGAUUCUCCGUAUGGCUCGACUUCAGCAUUGGAGCCUGAAACUCCCCCAGUACCACUACAAGCACCGCCUGUUGGACCUCCCGUUGUUGACGGUUACCGCACGUUACGCGGAGGAGUCACACCUACAAAUCAAAGCCAAGGCCCUCUUCGGUCGUUUACCCAGCUGGCAGGAACUCCACCCCCACCUAUCGUUGGUCAGGUAUGUUCUCAGCAGCAACCUCGUGCGAUAGUGGUGGCGGCUGGUGGAAGACAAUUACCUGUGGGAAGGGCGACUGCCCAACCGAGAGUCAAUGUGACGAACAUUUAUAGGUGUGUAAAUGGCUUCCAUCCUUCAAAUUCAACGGAGGAACUGAAUGCCCAGAUGGAAAACCUCGAAUACCAUGAUCGACGACCUGCAAGCCCUUCAGCACGAGUUUGCGUCCGUAACGUGAUCAUGAAUAUGUAA